AUGUAUUAGAACAAAGAUCCUAUAACUUUGUUAUUGAAUUUUCUUCCAAAAAUAUGGUGUCAAAUGUUGAACUAAAUUCACAAGUUACAAGGCUAAAUUCCGAUGUGGAGGAAAUCUGUGUCUUGAUUAAUAAAUUACAACUGAUUAAUAAAUUACAACAACGAAUGGAUACACUUGAAAUUGAACGUGAUUCCAAAAUAGAGGAGAUGGGAACAAAGAAAUUAGACAAUGUCCAAGGAGAAAUCCUCCAAAUAACAAUAGCACCUAGGAAUGGGAGAGGCCAAAAAGGGGCACAAGAUACAGCAGGUGACAUUACCAGGAAAAUAAAGAUUGAAGUUCCAGAUUUUGAAGGGAAGGUUGAUCUUAUUGUGUUUUCUGAUUGGAUUAAUUCAAUGGAGGAAUGUUUCAACUGGUAUGACAUGGCUAUUUAUAGUGUUGAAGAUGUAUUCCAAGUAGCAUUCAAUGUAGAAGAAUAUAUAAACAAUCAAAAUAGUAAGAAAAUUGGGUUCCAAACCAAGAAAGUAGCAGCAAGAAAGAAUUAUGAUGCAAGACGUGCUAUGCAAUCACAAGCUACAACUACCUUUAACAAACAAAACCCUAAUGCUGGAAAAGGGAAAGUCAAUGCUACCCAUAACAAGGGCAAUAAAGGUGCAACCUAUGUUAAGUGUGGUGAAGAUGGUCAUAUAAGCUAUCAAUGUCCAAGAAACAAUAACCUUUGUAUGGAAGAAGUACAAGAUGAGGAAGAACAUCAUGAAGAGGAAACUAAAGAAAAUCCCUUUGAUUAUGGAGUUUACAUGGCUGAUGAUCUUGUAGAUGAUGAGGAGAAAAACACUUCCUUUUUGUCAGUUGUUAGGUGUAUUUUUGUAGCACCUAAGGUUGAGGAAGAAGAUUGGUGAUGAACCUCAAUAUUCCAAACUUUGGCUUGCUAUGGUGAUCAAGCAAAAAAGCUCAUUAUCAAUAGUGCAAGUUGCAUGAAUGUUGUAUCAACAUCAACAAUGAGAUGUCUUAAACUCCAUACAAAACCUUACCCUUAACGAUAUAAGGUAGCUUGGAUUAAUAACACAAUAAUUCUAGU